AUGCCCAGUGAAACCACGACUAGCAAAGUAUCGUUAUCCACAAAACCAACAGAAUCCAGAUGGUUGGCUAUAGCUAAUUUGCCUGAAACGGCUACGGAAGAUACAAUCAAAGAAUGUUUUAAACGACAUGGUCGUGUUCAAUCAGUUAAAAUCGAUGAACAACGUUUUGCGUUUGUUGCUUUUUUGGAUGUACGUACAGCAUCGAAAGCACAUAAUGCAGAAAAUAUUCUGGAUGAAAAACUAUUACGAACAGCAUUUCAUGAUGGUUCUAAUUCCGUGCCUAAAGCAUUAUUAGAACCUUGUCCACAACCUAUUCAACCAUUAUCUUCUUCAACUAUAGUACUAUCUGAACAACCAUCACCAUUAAUAUCUUCGACAAUUGUUGAACCAUCAUCAUCAUCAUCAUCUUCGAAUACAUCAAAUAUAACAACAGUGACAAAUCCAUUAUCGACUAAAACAAUAAAUGGUGAUCGAGAUAAACGUAUAUCACGUACUCUUGGUAGUCCUGAUGAAAAUGUUCGACAUCAAGUUGUACCUGUUAAACGUGACUCUGAUUCAUCAGGAAGUAAAAGAAAAACAUCAUCCACUAAAAAUUCAAAAACAGCAAAUAGUUCACAUUCAACAAUACAAAAACCACCACGACGAAAACAUGAAAAUUCAUCUUCAUCAUCGUCAUCUUCUUCAUCAUCAGAAUCCGAAAGAUCGAGUGAUGAUAGUAUUUCAUGUAAAAAUCGUCGACGUAAUCCAACUAAAACUCAUUCAUCAUUAAAUGAUUCAAUGGGUAAAACAAGAAUAUUAAAAAUUUAUCAUUUACCAUCAAAAACUCCUAAAGAAUCAUUACGUGAAUUAUUAUGGAAUGUAUUUGUUGAAUUUAAAAGAUCAGGUCGUUUAUUAACAGUUAAAAUUGAUGGUGAACAUGAAUCACGUUAUGCUUUAUUAACAUUCAAAAAAUCUGAUGAUGUUGAUAAAGCAUUAACUUUUGCAAUAACUAAAUCUAUAAAUGGUGUUAGAUUAAAAGCUGAACCAUACGAUGGAAUCAUAAAUGAAAAUGAUGAAUGUGAUAUAAUGAAACGUUCAAUAUGUUCAGAUCCUGAUAUUGAUGAAUAUUCUAUAAAAGCAACACGUACUUUAUAUAUAGGAAAUCUUCAAUCAGAAAUAUCUUAUAAUGAAUUACGUGAAAUAUAUUCAGCAUAUGGUGAUAUUAUUGAAGUUGAAAUAAAACGUCAAACACAAUCUCCACAUCAAUUACCGUUUGCAUUUGUACAAUAUGCUGAUAUUAAAAGUGUUGUUAAAGCAAUGAAAGCUUUUGAUUCAAAGUUUUCACGAGAUCAUUCAAUUAAACUCGGCUUUGGUAAAAGUCAACCAACGAAUGUACUUUGGCUUGAUGAUUUACCAUUGAAUGUAACAGAAUCUUCAAUACGUAAUUUUAUAGUUCGUCAUACAAAUUUACCUGCUUGUGAUGUCGUUGAUAUAUUUAUUGAUAACCGUAAUAGUCAUAAAAGUCAAACAGCGCAAUGUUUAAUUUAUUUUACUGAAACACGUGUUGCACAAGAAGCUAUAAAUUCAAUACGUGGAAAAAAGCUUGAUUCAAAGAGAAUACAAGUAGAUUUUGCUAGUAAAGUAUUCGUUACCAGAUUUUCGGAUAUUAUUGAAGAAACUAGUCAUAAGAAAAAUUAUGGUAGUUAUCCGUCUGAUUCAACUUAUCAUGCAGAAUCUCGAGCUGUAUCAAAACGUAAUGGUACCGCACGUGAAAUUGUUCCUGAAACAAUUCAAACAUUUGAUACACUAUCUACUCGAACAAAUAGUAGUGAUCGAUGGUCAAAUGCAUAUAAUAAUGGUAAUCGAUCACAGCAUAAAGGUGAUGCAAGACAUUCAUCAGAUCGUCGACAUUCAAAAGAAUAUGGUAAAGGAACAAAUAGUACAUUAAUAUCCAUUCCGUCAGUUGAUAAUGGAACUAUUUGUGGUUCAUCAUUAAAUACUCGACGACAUCGUUUAUCAACUUCAUCAAAAGAUAGUCUUUCAAAUAAUCUCACAUCCGGUCGAAAUCCUCAUCGUAGUAGUCAUAUUCGUCAUCAUGCAUCAUCAACAUCAUCUUCAUCUUCAAGAUCAUCAUCAACAUCAAGUCAUAGUUCAACAAGUACAAAUAGUCUUGAACAUCAUUCAAAUUCAUAUCAAAAACACCAUACAAAUAAACAUUCAAAUAAAUCAUCGAAAAAAACAUCAAAGCCUUUAACAAAUAAUAAUUUAAAAAUACCAUCAGGAAAAAAAUCUUCAUCAAAUAAAGAACACACAAUUAAAUCUUCAUCGAAUCGUUCGAGAUCACUAAAAUCUGAAAAAGAUAAUGAUUCAUUAACAAUCAUUUCAACUCCUCAACAACAACAACAACCGAAUCCAGUUAUUCUUCCAAGUUUGACACUUGAAGAUCAAUUGGAAACAAUAAAAAAGGAAUCAACACCACCACCACCAUCAUCAUCACAACAACCAAAACAACAACAACAACAACAACAACAACAACAAACAACAACAAUUCAUUCAUCAUCAUCACCAAAAGCACCAUUAAAAAAUACUGAACGUGUUUUUGAUUGGCUUAUGCAAAAUCAUUUACAUGUUAGCAACAGUUCAAUGGGUUUGGAUCAAAAUGAUGAUGAAGAAAAUUCAUUAAAACCUAAACCGGAUGAUGAUAGCCUUGAAAAUGUUAGUGAUGAACAAACAUCAAAAACAUCACCACCUAUAGAAACACAUAAUUUAACAUUAACAACAAAUAGUAAACCAUUAUCAUCAUCAGCGGCAACAGCAGCAGCAUUAAAAAAUUCUAAAAAUGAAAAAUCUUUAUUAACAUCAGCGUAUCGUUUACAACCAAUACGUACAGGUAAUAAACGUGAUGACCAAACAGAUAAUAUGACAACGAAUGAUAUUCAUUUAUCACCUACACAAAUGUUAACAACAACAACAGCAACUACUCCUUCUACGACACCAAUAGCUAAAGAUGAGUUUGAUAAUCAUACAAAUCAUCGUCGUUUACAUAAAACAAAAUAUCAUUUAUCAACAAAUCAUACAAAAACAAUUCCACUUGAUUCAGUAUCAUCAUAUGAUCAAUUAGAUGUACGUUUAAGAAGUUAUCCAUCAUUAUUUAAUGAUCAUAUUGAAUCAAUACGUUUACCAUUUCCACAAUUUGCAUUUGAAUGUAUGAAAUCAUCAACAACAUCAUCAAAUGUUCUUGUUGUACUUAAUCCAAAAGCACAUUUAAAACAUUCAUCAUUAGGUUUAAAUAAUCCAUCAUCAUCCAUACCAACAACUACACCAACAUUGACAACAACAAAAUAUGAUCUAUCGAUGGAUACAAAUCUUCUUAAUAAUAAUACUAAUAAUAAUGAUGAAGAUUUAUCAACAACACGUAUACCACUUGAUGAACGUAUUAGAUUAUUAGAUAAACAAAUGUAUGAAAUGAAUCAUGGACAACAAAAAUCAACAACAUCAUCAUCAUCAUCAUCAUCAAGUUCAUCAUUAUCACCAGCUAUACUUAUUGAACAACAAAAUUUAAAAACAGUAACAACAACAACAACAACAAUAACAUCAUCAACAGCAACAGUGACAACAAAUACAAAUGCAACUGUUAAAAGUGUUAAUGAACUUGUAUCGACACUUUCAGCAUCAACACCAUCAACAACACUUGCACAAUGUAUACAAGCAGCACGUGCUGCAUUAAAUGCACAACCAACACAAACAAUAUCACCAUCAAAAACAACACCAACUAUAUCAACAACAUCACCAUUUCAUUAUCCACUUACAUCUGUACCAACAUUAGGUUUAAAUCGAACUAUACCUAUAACAUCACCAUCACCAGCAAAUAUAUCAGUAUUAACAGCACCACCACCACCGCCGCCACCACCUCCACCACCACCAUUUACAAAUUUACAACGUUUAUCUGAUCCAUCAUCGACUUCAAUAUUAACAACAUUUCAUGCGGCUAUUGCUCAAACACAAAUUGCAGCAGCAAAAUAUAAUUCAAUGUCAUUUGCUACUACACUUCAUCCUCCACCACCACCGGUGCCAGCUUCACUUAUAUCACCAUCACUUAAUCUAAAUCCUUCAUCAACAACUUCAACACUUAAUACAUCAUCGAAUAAUAAUCUAAUUCCAACAUUAAAUUGUCCGCCACUGCCACCACCACCAUUAUCAUUACCAAAUCGUUCUAAUUCAACAAAUCUUUUAAGUCCACCAACAUCUAAUAUUUCAUCCGUAUCAUCAUUUUCGGAUUCAUCAACAAAUUCUCCAAGUACAUCAUCAGUUAAAAUUCUUGAACGUCUUGGUCCAUCAGCUAAAUUUAAACGUAGACCAAUUCCACCACCAUUAGCUGUUAAUACAACACCAACAACACCAACAACACCAACAAAUAUGAAAGAUUCUUCUAUAUUACCAUCACCUGAAUCAACAACACCAACAAAUACAGGAUCAAAUUUACAUCGUUCGCCAGUAACAAUAUCAUCACCUGUUCUUCAACAUCAGACAUCAACAGGUUUAAAAUCUAUAUUAAAACAACGUUCAUUAUCAAAUCCAUCACCAACAUCAUCAUUAUCACCAACAAAUGAACGAAAAUCAUCAACAAAUUAUGUAUCACCAUUAGCAUCAAAUGAAACACGUUCAACAUCACAAACAAAUACUAAUCGUACAACAUCAAUUGAAUCAACAACUAAACGUACACCACCACCACCAUCAACACCAACAACUCCUAUUGUAAUAACAAAUGAAAAGAAAAAAUCUCUCAAUCAACAAGAUACAAAUAUAUUUACAAAUGAUAUUGAUGAACGUCAAACAGAUGAAAAAAAAUCUUCAGGACGUGCACCGACAACGAAACAAACAUUAUCAAAUGAUACAAAUAAUACAAAAAAACUAACAUUAGAUAAGAUUCCUAAAAAAUCUACGGCUGUAUCAUCAUCAUCAUCAACGACAAUAGCAAUGACGACGACAACAACAGUAACAAAACCCGUUGUAAGUGAUACAGUAAAAUCUGCAACAAAAAUAACUAAAACUACCAAACAAACAACUGUUACAUCACUUGGUGCAAAAGUUCCACAAUUAACACUUGAACGUAUUGAUCCAAAAUCUUUAAAAACAACAUUAACAACAACUGGAUCACUUGAAAAAUCUUCAAAUAAAUCUUUUAAAUUAAAACGUACACAUAUUAUUCAAAGUGAUAGUGAUACAGAAAAAAAACCAGCAACAAUUGAUGUACAAAAAACAAAAAAAUCUUUAUUAAAUAAUGAAAUAACAAAACGUAAACAACAACAUCAACAAAAAAUUAUAACAACAAAAAAAAGUCAAUUAAUUAAAACUAAAAAUAAAAUUCCAACUAAUACAAAUAAAAAACAAACAAUUACUGAAACAAAUUCAUCAGCAUCAGAUAAUGAUGAAAAAAGAACUGAACAAACAAUUAUGAAUUCUGAUCAUGAACAAACAUCAACAGAUAAUGAUGAAAAAGUUAAAAAAGAAACAAUUAAUAAACGAACUAAAACAACGAAUAAAAAUAAAUUAAAAUCAACACAAAAUCUUAUUAAUUGGAGAGAAUUAAGACAAGAUACUAGUAUGUAUGAUAGAAUUAAAAAACGAGCAAGAAUUGAACAAACACGAAAUAGUUCAUUAUCAACCAGUGAAGGUCAUUUAUCUGAUGAAAACAGUGAUGAUGAUAAUGAUGAUGAUGAUGAUGACGAUGACGAUGACAAUGAUGAUGAUAAUGGCGAUGACGAUAAUGAUGACGACGAUCACAUGCCUAGUCGACCAGCCAAUAUUACACCAAAACGACAUAAUGUUAUGAGUGAUUCAUCUGAUUCUGAAAUCGACAGAUCUUCAAAAACUAAAACUAAAACAUCAACUGUAUUCGAUAAUAAUGUAUUCGAUGCUGAAGAAAGUGAUGAACCAACUAAACCAAUAAAUCGUAAAAAGAAAAUCAAUCAACAACAAACACAACAAAUAAACAAAUCGACAUUAAAAACAAAUAAUGAACCAAUGAAAAAAGAAAAAUUAACUAAAACAAAUGAUGAACAAUUAACAACAAAAAAGAAAUUACCUAUAACAAAAACAAUUGAUAAAAGGAAAUCUUCAGUUAAUUCAAUAAAAUCAACAUCAAAAGUAGCUAAAACAAAAGUAUCAACACCAAAACGUCCAUCAACCGAUGAAUCAAAUGAAUCAACAAAAAAACUUAAAGUUGAUGACGAAAAACCUAAAAUAACUUCAAUUGAAGAGCAAACAUCGUCAACAAUAAUUCCAGUUGAAUCAGACAGUUCUCUAACAAACAAACCAUCAAUUACUCUAACAUCACCAUCCGAUGAAACAGCAACAACCAAUGAACCAAAAAUUGAUGAACUAUCAACAGAAAUACAAUCUCAAACAACACCAACUAAAUUUGGUAUUGUAUUUGCUAGUCAUCAUCGUCAUUCAAUAACACCACCAUCAUCAUCAUCAUUAUCUGGUCGUACACAAUCAACUGAAACAUCGAAAAAUGAUGAUGAAAAUAUGGAGAAUGAUAAUGAAUCAAUAUCUAUUAAUAAUAAUGAUAAUAAUGAUACAACUUUAAAGGAUGAACAAAUUAUAUCGAAUACAAAUACAUUAAAACCACCAACAAUAACAACACAACCACCAUUAAGUGAUGAUGAAACACUUAAUCCUGAAACAAUGCAACUUAGUGAUUUAAUUAGUACACGUUUGCGUGAAGGAACAAAACCAGUACAAUCUCGUUCAACAACAAAAGCAACAGGUAAAGGUAAACGACAAUCAAAACAAGAUACAUCUUCUACUAAACGUCUACAAACAAAAACAAAUGCUAAAACAAUACAAUCAACAAUAUCCAAUGAAAAAGAAUCCGAAUCAAUAAUAACAUCAACAGAUUCUAAUUUAUUAUCAUCAAUAGAACAACCAGCACUAAUAUCAACAAAUAUAAAACGUUUAUCUAUAACAGAAUCUUCAUCUAUAUCAUCUCCAAUUAAUGAUAAAGAACCAAAACGUUUACGUAAAAGUACAGAUGAUUCAACAGUACAAUUACAAAAUAAAAUUGAACUUAGUGAAAAUCUUUCUCCAAAAACAAAUAUACAAACUAAAGAAGAUACUAUUGUAUCAACAGUAUCAUCUGAAAAAAAUAAACAAGAAACUCCUUCACCAGCAGUACUAUCAAUACCACCAUCAACUAUUGAUCAACCACAAAUAAUACCAAUGGAAACUGAUCAAAUUCCAUUAUCAUCUUCAAUAGUAACAUCAACUCAAUCACCAUUAACCACAAGUACUGAAACUGAAAUUGCUAUUAAAGCAUUAUGUUCAUCUAUACAAAUACCACAACAAUCAUUAUCUAAAACAUCUAAUCUAGAAAAAUCAUCACCAAUUAUAGCACCAAUAUCAAAAGAAACAUUACCUAUUGUUGAACAUCAACCAACAUCUAUAACAACAACUUCUAUAUUACCUUCACAUGUUCCAAUUAAAUCGUCAUUAACAUCAGCAACAUUUAAUGAAAAUGUUGAAGAAACAUUAAGUGCAGUAAAUAGUCUUCUUAUGCUCAAUAAUAAUACUUCAAAUAUAUCCGGCGAUCAUCCAGCAAUAAAAGGUGCUGCACGUAUAACACCAACCAUAAGUAAACCAGUUUAUUCAUAUGUAGCAUCAUUACCCAGUCCAACAGAUCAGCAAACUCGACAAGUGGCAACAACACCAACGACAACAAGUGUUUCAACUGUUUCAACACAACAAAAUGAUUUAAUAACAAUGGUAUCAAAUAUUGUUUCAUCAUCAAAUAUUACUGGAGAAAAAACACCAAUAACAACAUCAACAACAACAACAACAACAACAACAACCACAACAAGAUCACAUAUUGGAGAAGUUAUUGAUGAUGUUGCUAAAAGUUUAUCAACAACAACUAGUAUAAUAACAGAACCAACAACAUCUAUUGUUGAUACAAAUUCAUUAUCAUCAUCAACAUCUACUGGUACUAAUAAAUCAACAUCAAUACCAAAUAUAUUACGUGAUGUUAUGAAAACACCUUGUUUAACAUCUUCAACAACAGCAAGUGAAACAUUAAAUUUAUUUGAUCCACAUCAUCGUUCAACAUCACCGUUGAAAACAACAACAACAAUAACAACCACAACACCAGCAGCACCAGCAAAUAUUUCAACAACAACAAUAUCGGCAAAUAUUCCGACAACAGCAACAACAACAGCAAGUUCAUCGACGACUCCGAUCGUACCUGUUCUUGUUCGACCAACAUUAUCUAAAACACCCACAAGUCAUAAACGUUCAUCAACACCUAAAACUGAGCUACAACAACCAUCAUCAACCGCAUCAUCAGCAAUGAUGCAUCCAUUUUCACAUAUGCUCACACCAGAUGGUAGUAUAUUUGCUGCCGCAGCAGCUGCUGCUCAUCAUCAAAGUUUUCCAUUCCCAUUAUUUGCACCAUUAUCAUCAAAUCCAACAGGAAAUUCAUCAUCAAAUCUACUCGCUCCAUCACUUGUUUCAAGUUCUCCACCAUUAUCUACACGAACAUCAUCAACAAGUAGUAGUAGCCCAAGUACAAGUAGUCAUAUUAUCAAUCAUUCAUUUCUUAAUACAAUUAUGGCUGGACAACAAAAUUCGUCAUCAACAAAUCCAAAUCCACUUACUCAUGAAAAAGCAUCGAAACGAGAUUCUAUAAGCACAAAAAGUUCAAAUAUAUCAUUGUCAUCAACAAAUCGUUCAACAUCUAUUCAACAAACAGUACCAGUACCGAUUCCAUUAACUAUUCCAUCAUCAUCUUCAACAACAUCAUCAUCAUCGUCAUCAUCAUCAAAUUUACCAACAAAUACAGUUAUUAAUCAACAACAACAAGCAUCACCUUUAUUAAAUUCACUUGAUGCUGCUGCAGUUGCUAUGCGACAACAAGCAUCACCAUUACAACAAUUUCUUGGACCAGAUUCUGUUGUACCAUUUCGUAAUGUUUAUGCUGAUGCAUCGGAACUUUAUGGCGCACCACCGAGUCUUUAUCCACCACCAAAUAUGGCUUAUGCUGCUGCUCAACAAAUGCUCAAUGUAAUGGGUAUGACUGGUAGUCAUCAUCCAUUUGCUGCUGACUUAUAUUCUAAUCCUGAACCUUAUUUUCGUUUGAAUCCACCAACAAAUGAAUUAUCGCGUGAUCCCUAUAAUGUUCAAUGGCAAGGAAAUUUAAUAUUAAAAAAUGAUCAAGCAUAUGUUAAAACUCAACUUGUGGCUGGUAGUCCGCAAAUAGCACGCGCAUCAAUGAAUUAUUGGAAUUCAGAUUCAUUAUCAACAGCAUCAUCAAAUUUGCAAUCAUCUUCACAUCAUAAUUUACGUAUAUCACAACGUAUGCGUUUAGAACAAGCACAACUUGAAGGUGUACAAAAACGUAUGCAAAUGGAUAAUGAUCAUUGUAUCUUAAUAGCUGAACCAAAUGGUUCAACACCAGAUGAAAUACGUAUACAACAAAAUAAUUUAAAAAAUGGUGUUAUACGAUAUUUUGAUGAGAAAAAAGCAGCCGGAAUUGUCAAUGUUUUAUUGCCCGGUGUAUCACAACCAGCUUAUGUUGUACAUAUAUUUCCACCAUGUCAAUUUGCAUCUGAAAUUUUACAAAAACGUGCACCGGAUACUUAUCGUUGUGUUGUUCAAAAUAAAAUUGAACAAAUUUAUUUGUUAAUUGUCAUAACGAGUACAGUUCAAUAG